AUGAGAUGGGCAGGAACUAGCAACGUAAAGUCAGACAAUUUAACCUUAUUUUAUAGUGGACCAAACAAUGGGAAGCAUGAAAAUGGUGUAGAUUAUGUUAUAAAAGAUUCACUAAUAAACCAAGUGAAAAAGUUUGAACCAGUCAAUGAUAGACUUUGUCAUCUUACUAUAAUUGGUAAAAUUUUCGAUAUUGUGUUGAUAAACUGUUAUGCUCCAACGGAAUCAGUGGAUGAAGAUCUAAAAGAUGCCUUUUAUGAAACCCUAGAGAGAAUUUUCAAUUGUAUACCCGCAUAUUAUAUAAAAAUCGUACUAGGAGACAUGAACACGCAAGUUGGAAGAUAA